AUGAAGUACAAUAGAAAUCAAGUAAAUUCUCCCGAUGAAGUUGAGGGCCUCAUACAUCAAUUAAAGCAAGAUCUUGGUUUGACUCAUUCCUCCUUUGCCACUGGAAACAGAACUACCAGAAACCUUUAAAAUUCUCACAGGAAAACUUCAUCACAUAGCUUUAUGAACCAAAUCGACCUAGAUAGCCCAGACAAUAAAUUCUUCGAUUUAAAUCAGUCUUAUGAUGCAGUAAAUACCAAUUCUAGGCAUGGCUACGCUACUCAAUAUCAAUCUAGAGUAUCUAUGCCUAUUCAUACUGAUUUAUAACUUGACGAUGAUGAUAAUUCCCUAAGUCACAAUCAGCAAUUAGUAUAGCUCUUCACAAUUGCAGAAACUCUCGCUAAAGAUUAUAAGAAAUCCAAUAUGAAGCUGUAAAAGCAGAGAUAUAAGUGCGAAUAAUAAUAAGCUACGAUUAAUGAAAAUGAAACUGAGAUACAAACAUUGAGACACAAAAGAGAGGAAGAUGAGUAAAUAAUGCUAUAACUUGAAUCUGACUAUGGAAACUUGAAGCUAGAUUAUCAAUAACUACUGGAUGAAGUGUAAAGACUAAAUAGAGAAAAUGAGCUGCUGAGAGGAUCCCUCACUCACAAUUCAUAGCAAAAAGAUGAUCUAUAGCUUGAUCUAAAGCUGUAAACCCAGCAAUUAAGAGACACAAUCACAAAUCUUGACAAAAAGAUUGAGGAUUCUAAGAAAAUAAUAAAAGAAAUAGAUGCUGAUAGAGAUUAAUUAUAUAAAAGAGUUCAGUAAUUAGAGAAGGAAAAUAUAAACUUGUCAGGUAAUUUACAAGAUAGCAUUGAAGAAAUGGGAAUAAUGAGAAGUGAUUUGAGGAUUAUGAAGAAAAAAGAAGAAGACUACAUUAGAAGACAAUAGGACUUCGCAUCACAGAUUGAAUACUUGGAACGAUAGCUUGAUGAAUAUCAUGACUUAAGAAAUCGUAAAGAAACACCAACCCAAAUUUCUACAUCGAACACGCCAAAUAACCUGCAAUUUUAGCUCAAUCAAAUGGGAAAAGAUAACUAAUUGUUUAUUGAUCUUAAUGAAGAUGAGCAGUCUCAAGAGGAGGAGUAGAAAGUGUAAGUAGAGGAAAAGUAGGCCACACCAAAAUUAUAAAAGUCAUUUUAAAGUUUAGUACCUAAAAUUGUCCUAAAAUUAGACGACAAUGAACUUGAGUACGAUAAGAGUAAUACACCGCUUCCCAACUCAGCGAGAUAAGAAUCUUCAAAUCAAAAAGACAAAACCUUAGCUCAUGAAAUUAACGUUGAGGCAUUCGACGAUGCCUUCAGUAAUGAUGAUGCAAAUAACUAAUUUAUAUUUAAUGAACAUGGGGAACUUAGCCCUAGAUAUACUCCCAAUAAAGCUGGUAACUUUUAAAAUGUUUUUAAUUAAAAAUCUUUGAGAAAAGAUCUAAACAAUUCUACAAUUUGCGGAUACUCCAGAACAGCUUUAGUAGCUAGAGUUAGACCAUCUUCUAGAAUAACAGCUGAAAAUUAGAUGGAUUCACAUACUGUUAGCCCUAUAUAAUAAAACUGCAGUAUCAUCAUGAAUAAUAAUAAUCCAAAUCACAGUUAUUUUGACUAAUCAGUAAUCCUCAACGAAAAUGAGCUCUAACUAGAAUUUAAAUAAUACUUGGGGAGAGUAUAUGCAGACAUCGCCUUUGAAAAGUAUAAGUAAAUACUAAAAAAUGAAAAGAAAAUUUCAAUUAAGGAUAUAAGGCAAAAGAGGAAUUAAAGCAGAUAAAUGAAUUCUGUUGAAAAGAGGUAUCACACAUAAUCAGCAUGCUAAGUACGAUAAGAAGAAGAACUAUUGUCAGAUGGUUUUAGUUUUUCAGAAUAUCUUUAAAAAUAAUCUAAUACUAAUUCUACCCCACUAAGAAAAAAUAAUUAACCAACUAUCAAAGUUACACCUUAACCAUCUCCUAUUCAAGAGGAGACCAAUUAGGAAGGAAGCUCUAAUUGCUCCAUAUUUUGA